UAGUCAGCUUUAAGAAAUCGGACCAGAAACACUUGGCUGCAUUGCGAAAUGAAAAUUUUCUUUCACAUUUUUAUGGUCCUAUUGGCCCUGCAGCUUUCCUGGGCAGCUCCCCGAAAAUUAUCCAGCGCCGAGACGACAACUGCAGCACCUGCCAAAUCUUUGACCUAUCAGAAACGUUAUGAACUGUUCGAUUUAAUUCUCCUGAAAGUCAAUGCAAUUGUGUCCAAUGAAAUCUUGGCGAAGACCUCAAUCUAUCCCGACGUCCUCAAGGAUUACACUGUGUGGUUUGAACAAAAUCAGCAAAAAAUUCCGGCAAAUAAACUGCAACUAUACGAAGACCUGAAGACGAACCUCCAGGAAUACAUUACAACAGCAGAUAGUUUCAAAAAGGCUCCCACAAAUUGCACCCUUCAAAGUCGGGUACAUUCGUUGUUUUUCACCAUUGAAAAUAUACGCUACGAUCUCCGUCACAAGGAGGUCAAUCAAAUUUGGUCGUUGUAUCAAAAGAAUUUAAAGGAUGUCGAUGAGGAGGCAGUUAAAAAAGAUUUCCUAAAAAAUGAACUACCGGUAAUUGAAAAAAAUGUUGGAGAUUUCAUUGCCAGCCUUGAUGCAGCCGGUAGGAAGGAUAACGAAGAUAUUAUCAAAUGGUACGAUGCGCUGCAGGCGAAAACAACAGAUGAAGAAAAAAUCGAUGCCUUCGAUGACAUUCAAGAUUUGUACGAAGAGGAAUUCGAACGUGAAACCAAGGCUGGAGAGGUUAAUUGUCGUCUCACCGUUCAACUGGAGUGGCGUGAGCGAAUUAUCCAGGGUAUCCUUGUGGCUAUCGUGUCGGCCCUCAAACCGGAGGUGGAAUUCUCGACGGCAUGAGAUUGAAGCAAUUUUUUUAGGGUGUUCGAAAAAAAAAAAAAAAAUAAAAUAACUAAGACCGAUUUUUAAUGCA